AUGGGCGGCCGCGCCCGCUCCCUCAUCCGCUGGCUCCGUCACCACCGCUCCCGCCGCGUCUCCUCCUCCUCAGCCUCAUCCUCUUCCUCCUCCCACCUGACCAAUACAACCACCACCGCCAGCACCGACCUCCGCGCCCACUCGCUCCCGCAGCAACCGGAGCAGGACGGGGUUGACGACGCCGAGGUCGACUGGGAGGUCGCCGCCGGGGGACCAGACUCCGACCCCGAGGACUACAUUGUCAUAGAGGAGGAGAACAAGGCGGGCGGACUGCGCGUCGUUGUGCCCCGCGCGCCCGUGCGCACCAAGCCGCCACGCAUGGAUCCGGGCAAGAAGACCACGGAAUCCGAGUUCUUCACGGAGUAUGGUGAACUAAACCGGUAUCAGGUCAGCGAGGUUAUUGGCAAAGGGAGUUAUGGUGUUGUCGCCGCUGCCAUCGACACCCAGACUGGUGAGCGUGUGGCAAUCAAGAAGAUCAAUGACGUCUUUGAUCACGUCUCCGAUGCCACCCGCAUCCUUAGGGAGAUCAAGUUGCUCCGGUUGCUGCGCAGCCCGGACAUAGUUCAGAUCAGGCACAUUAUGCUCCCCCCUUCAAGGAGGGAAUUCAGGGACAUAUAUGUAGUCUUUGAGCUGAUGGAGUCGGAUCUCCAUCAGGUAAUUAAAGCGAAUGAUGAUCUCACACCAGAGCAUCACCAGUUCUUUUUGUAUCAGCUGCUCCGCGGGAUGAAGUACAUUCAUACAGCGAAUGUUUUCCAUCGGGAUCUUAAGCCAAAGAAUAUUCUAGCGAAUGCUGACUGCAAGUUGAAGAUUUGUGAUUUUGGCCUUGCCCGUGUUUCAUUUAAUGACGGGGCUCCAUCAGCCAUAUUCUGGACGGACUAUGUGGCAACUAGAUGGUACCGUGCUCCAGAGUUGUGUGGCUCAUUUUUCUCAAAGUACACUCCUGCAAUUGAUAUUUGGAGCGUAGGAUGUAUAUUUGCAGAAAUGCUCACAGGGAAGCCACUCUUUCCAGGGAAGAAUGUUGUGCAUCAAUUGGAUCUCAUGACAGAUCUACUUGGGACUCCUUCAGCGGAAUCCCUCUCUAAGAUACGGAAUGAAAAAGCUCGGCGAUACCUGAGCAAUAUGAGGAAAAAGCCUAAAGUUCCCUUAACCAAAAAGUUUCCAGGCAUCGAUCCUAUGGCUCUCCAUUUGCUUGAGCGUCUUCUUGCUUUUGAUCCUAAGGAUCGGCCAAGUGCUGACGAGGCCCUGACAGACCCAUACUUCACUGGAUUAGCAAAUUCUGAACGUGAGCCCAUAACUGAGCCUAUCUCAAAAUUUGAGUUUGAGUUCGAGAAGAGAAAAUUGGGCAAAGAUGAUGUCCGAGAAUUAAUUUACAGAGAGAUUUUAGAGUACCAUCCUCAUAUGUUGCAAGAAUACCUACGUGGAGGAGACCAGAUGAGCUUCAUGUACCCUAGUGGGGUGGACCGUUUUAAGCGACAGUUUGCUCAUUUGGAAGAGGGUGGUGCAAAGGGUGAAAAGUCCAGUCCACAGUUGAGACAGAAUGCUUCUUUGCCAAGGGAAAGAGCAAUAGGCAAUAAGCAUGGGGACAGUGAGUACCAAGUCAAGCUGAAUGCAGGUGAGAAGGCAGGACACGCAUCAGUGACAGAUGGAAUAAGCAAACCCCAAAUGAGUGCUCGAAGCUUAGUGAAGAGUGAAACCAUGAGCGCUUCCAAGUGUAUAGGUGAAAUAAAAAAUAAAGAUGAUGAUUCAGAGAAUUUGGAUGAAGGCGACGAUGUCUCACAGAAGAUUGCUCAACUGAAAACCUAAUUUUCGAAGGUUACACAAGCGGUCAUAGUAUUACUAUGUACAACAGCAUGUCUAUAGGUGCUCAAGAUCAGAAUGAUCUUUAAUUGAAGCCAAGAUUUCUAUACAGACAAUAAGACCACACAUCUCUGAUGGUAACUUUGUUGUACUGUAAAUUUUCUACUCGUUUUUGUACUUUGACAAGAACCAAGUCUAACCGACAAACUAGCUCCUUGUCCUUUUCUUGGAGGAGCUACACGAGCAUGUACAAUUUUGUCAAUAUGAAGUACCCUGCCCCUAUAUUCUGUUCAUAUGUUAUUCCUUGAUCUUGUAAACCUUUUGCAAUCCGAAAU